UAGAAUGGUAGCAGCAGGAAGGAGGUACGGAGCGGCAUGUCCAGAUAUCGUUCAGCAUCACGCCCAACUGCGGUAGGUACAUUCCAUAAUUAGGGUAGAUGCGAAACAUGUUACUCUCACUCACCAUCUAAGCAAGCAAAUUGCUAAAUGUGUAAGAGACGCUUCUCAUGUUGAUAAGAACAAGAAGAUGCUGUUGCACUUGCACAGCCAUAUCUAACCAUUCAAUAGCAACUCGUCAAGAUGUCAAAUGUCCUAUUCGAAACGCGUCCAGAUCUGCGUUUCCAGGGUGGAAAUUGAUGAGCUCGUCAUCUAGGAGAUUUGCUGCUAAAUCUGGCGUGAUCUGUCUCGAUAUAACGAGCUACAGGUAAUUGUCAGAGCACGAAAAUGGCGGUGGAACGCGAGAGGCCACAGCCGACGGCGGCGCUCUCGCCGUGGGACUGCGGGAGCCCGCUGUACGACGCCUUCGAGCUCGCGUCCGUGUACCGCGUCCUCGACACCCACCUCAUGGCGCUGCCGUACGCGCGGCGGCCGUCUCCACCGCGCGCGCGGGGCACGGGCGACGUGGCGGCCCUGGCGGUGGCGGAGCGCGCCGCGGUGGCCGUGGCGCAGGCGAAGGGGCGGGGCCGGCGCCGGAGGACGGUGGCGAAGGCCGCGAGGGUUUCCGGCAAGGCGGUGCUGCACUCCAUCCUCAGGUCCGUCGCCACCUGCGGCGGCCGGAAGCUGUGAGGAGGAAACCGAUGGCGCGUCGUGAUCGCGCGUGCUACUGCUGCCGGCAACACCCCGCGCGCAGCCAGGAGAGGAACGCUCGUGUCGCGCUCCCGGCAGCAGACGGCGUUGCGCGACUGGACGAGCAAACUGCACGAAAUGGAUUGAUUUGGAUCGAGAUGGUUGGAGGGAACGGUUAGAAAUGGCUUGAUUUGCUAGCAUACCGUGCAUCUCAUCAGAAAAAGAAAAGGGUGGUAUUAUUAGUCUAGAUGUUAGAUUUCCAUUGCCAUCAGUUCCUUUUCUUGCUCCCGUUUCAGAAUCCUUUCCCUUUCUUCUCGCUCUCUGUACAGUUCGUGCGAUUAUUGGUGAAAAGACAGGGCGCCCCUCCGCUCCGCUGGUACAGCCGUGCAGGUCCGUUUCUCAAACACAGUUGAGCCGUGCAGUCCAGGUAGGUUCACUAGACCUCAAACUGAAUUGGAAACAACCCCAGAGUCGAGCUCUGACACCCGCGCAACGGAUCGAUUCCGAGAAGACAAUGGUCUCAACAUCGCUCGACUGAUCAAUAUGGUGGCACCUGCCGAUCCGGUGCUCUUCAAGUGCUUUGUUGGUUUAGCCUUCCAUUCAGUAGUUUAUCUUCAGACUUCCAGAAAAGGUCAGCAAGAAAUUGAAUUCAGAGUUCAAAAAAUGAGCUA